AUGUCGUUUAUCGGCUCAGGUAGCACCCUGGGAUUUGCAGCGCUCGUCAAAUGUGCUGCGUUGAACUUCCCAGCCAACAGAGGUGUAGCAACAUCGGUUCCAGUAGCAGCAUUUGGACUCAGUGCGUUCUUUCUGUCGGGUGUAGCAUCUAUUAUAAGUCCUGGCGAUACAUAUGGACUGCUAUGUAUCCUGUCAUUUCUGCCCAUGUUCCUAUUUAUUAUCACGCUACCGUUUAUCAAAGUUUUGCCUUUAGAGUACGUCUCAGCGAAUGUACGAACAAGCAGCGAAAAGGGCAGUCUGUGCAUUAACCUGCCAGUCAUCUCUGAGAAAGAGCAUUCUGAACCGAGCUCAUCGCCCCGUCGCUUGUACUCGGGAUCUCAUGCCUUAACAGACUCGCCUAUAGAUAUCUAUGGAACGAGACUGUUGCGAACGAAAACAUUUUGGCUGCAUUUUUUUCUUCUUGGUACGCUAGCUGGCGUGGGUCAAAUGUAUAUUUACUCGUGUGGAUAUUGUGUACGAGCACUUAUUGAAGACCCGGAGUCCAAUGCACAUGCGCUCCAGAAACUCCAGUCAGUGCAAGUCGGGACCAUAUCGUUGACCAGUUUCAGUGGCAGGAUCAUGAGUGGGUUCCUGUCGGACUACAUUCACAAUAAACACCAUCUGCCAAGAACACUGAUUCUUAUUGCAUCUGCUUCUAUCAUGCUUGUGGCCCAGGCUUCGGCAUUCUCGGUGACAUCUGCUUCUAGCUUGUGGAUCCCAUCAGCAGCUACAGGACUGGCAUAUGGUAUCUGCUAUGGUUCAUACCCAACAAUCGUUAGCGAUACGUUUGGCAUGCGGUAUUUCAGCCAGAACUGGGGGUUUCUUGCCCUGUCGCCUGUUCCUACUUCAUACAUCCUGAACAUGAUGUUCGGUGCUCUCUACGAUGUCAACUCGACUGUAGACGAAGCUGGCCACCGGGUAUGUGCCUUGGGAAAGGACUGCUACUCGCGUUCGUUCAUCAUCACCUCAGGAGCCAUCACUACCGCGUUGCUGGUUCUGGUGCCAUACGUAAUGACCCGCAAGCGGAGGUAA